GCACAGCAGCAGUAGUGGGCCAUGGCCGAGCCGAGUCCGAAAAGGCUCAAGAGCGGCCUGCCCUUGUGCGCCAUCCACCGGCAGGGCAGAGCUCUGGGCAAGCUCGUGAAGCAAAACUUCCCGGCCGUGGUGGAGGAAGGCCUGUGCGGAGUCACCGGCGCCCUGCUGGACGUCUCCUACGUCUUGCAGAUGCUGGGUGAAAUCUUUGAUCAUUCUGACAUGGCUUUACCAAAUGUUUCUAAAUUCUUCUUGGACCACGCUAAAGAGGAGAGGGAAGCAGCAGAAGCUCUCAUCCAAUACCAGCAUGACAGGGGAGGCCUCUACUGUACCAGAGUUAUCCAGAAACCACCCAGUGUGUUAGUAAGCGGUGUGGCAUCAGCUCUGGAAGUAGCCCUAGUACAAUGGAAGAUGAUGGCGGGCCAUUUUGAAGAGCUUUAUGCUCUGAGUAUCAAGAACUCAGACCCUCACACUGCAAGCACAAUUAAGAAGCAAUUUCUAGCACCCAAGAUACAGAAGAUCAAGCUGAUGGGAGAUCUAAUUACCAAUGCUCGUAGGCUUAGGAAUGCCCAAGAUAGCAGAGGUGACCUUGAGAACUAUCUUAUAGACCGUUUGCAGAAAGAACUAAAGAUUGGGACCCAUUCAGAAGCUCACUGCAGUCUCCAUGCACCAUUUCAGAAAUGUACAGGAGCUGCAAAUGGGCUACAGCUUCUGCGAGAGGAGUACCCUCAGCCCAAGAAUGGGAUAAGGCCAAAAUACCAAGGCCAGUGUUGCUCCCUCUCUCAGCCUCGGUGGAAGGGCUUGCGGGAAAGAGAUCAAAGGCAGGAGCACAAAUGGCAUUAGAUUGGCUGGGAUAUGAAGUAUGCCACUGCUGAGCAGUGUUACGAUAGUCAUACAUCUCUAAAUUGUCCCGGAAUAGUUGUCUAUAGGUUGACAUGAUUUGUGAAAACAGUCCCCACAAACAGGGUAACUGUACCAUCAUGAUUUGGUCAUUGUUGAUUAUUUUGUUCAUUAUACUAUGUUUGAAAAAGCAGUUAUUCCACCAUGGACUGCAGUCCUUUCUAUGAGUGCAGGAACUCCUUACCUUCAUAUAAAAGCUAUAUUAACUCUUAUCUACAAUAUUGA